GCGGCGGCGGCGGCCCGGAGCGGCCUUCCCUAGCCGGAGCUUGGAGGAGAACGGCCCGGGUACCCCUUAUGGCUGGGCUCGGACCACAAUGGUUCCCUGUCCAGCUCUCCUAACAGACAUUGUUUCCCCAGAGCUUUGGGCACCGCAGCCUUGGAUCUGGGGUCCUCCCUCACAGAAGUGUGACUCUCUCUUCGCCAUGAACGGCCUAUCCAUCAGCGAACUCUGCUGCCUCUUCUGCUGCCCACCCUGUCCUGGCCGAAUCGCAGCCAAACUGGCCUUCCUGCCUCCAGAGCCUACUUACUCCCUCGUGGCCGAGCCUGAGCCGGGUCCAGUGGAGGGGGCUCCACCCCAGGGCGAGGUUCUGGGGGGGGCCCUGGGCCGCUGGAAAUUGCACCUGACAGAGAGAGCUGACUUCCAGUAUACACAGCGUGAUUUAGACACGACUGAGGUCUUCUUUACUAAGAGCAGUCGGGGGAACCGCAUUUCCUGUAUGUAUGUCCGCUGUGUGCCAGGGGCCAGGUUCACAGUUCUGUUCUCCCAUGGCAAUGCAGUGGACCUGGGCCAGAUGAGCAGCUUCUACAUUGGCCUGGGCACCCGCAUCAAUUGCAACAUCUUCUCUUAUGACUACUCAGGCUAUGGGGUGAGCUCAGGAAAACCCUCGGAGAAGAAUCUCUAUGCUGACGUCGACGCUGCUUGGCAGGCCCUUCGGACCAGGUAUGGCAUCAGCCCAGAGAACAUCAUCUUGUAUGGGCAGAGCAUCGGAACAGUGCCCACCGUGGACCUGGCCUCGCGCUACGAGUGUGCUGCUGUGGUGCUGCAUUCUCCCCUCACCUCAGGCAUGAGGGUUGCCUUCCCUGAUACCAAGAAGACCUAUUGCUUUGACGCCUUUCCCAACAUUGAGAAGGUCUCCAAGAUCACAUCGCCUGUGCUGAUAAUCCAUGGCACUGACGACGAGGUGAUUGACUUCUCCCACGGACUAGCGCUGUAUGAGCGCUGCCCGAAAGCUGUGGAGCCACUUUGGGUGGAGGGCGCGGGGCACAAUGACAUCGAGCUCUAUAGCCAAUACUUGGAGCGUCUUCGAAAGUUCAUCUCACAGGAGCUGACAAACCAGCGCAACUGAGGUCCCCAGAGAGCCCCUCGGGGUAACAUGGGCACCAACAGGCAGACAGGCCCGGGGGACCCACUGGGAGCUUGGAACCCCUGCUGAGGAGUGAGAACUCAACAGGGUCAGCCCGCUGGAGGAUUGGGAAGUGGGGACAACUCGCCACCCCUGGGCCCCAUGGCCCCUUCUGACAUCCACUCCCUUUCCAGGAGAGGGGAGGGACAGAAUGACCCCCAUUUUUCUCCCCACAAAGACCCCAAACCGCUGCUAACGCUGGGACUGCCUCCACCACCUGGGAGGGGCUGGGCAAUCCAAACCCCCUCCUCUCCUGCUUCCCUUUCCUUUACCAGGACAAUAGCAAUAAUCCAUCUGCCAAGUGUGGUAGGGGAGGACCUCAGUGGACCUCAUUGUUCCCCACAUCCCUUCCCCCAAAUCCCAAAUUCCUGGGAAGGCAGUGACUGCAUGAGAAACACCUGCCCUCCCUCCCCCUACAGCUCGCUCUGCCAAUCAGGGAGGGGUAUUCCUACCACACUUCAAGCCCCAACGUGGUUCCCUCCCAGCAGGGCCCUUCAUGAUUUCAGACACCCAAACUACCCUUCCCAACUGUCCCCAACAUGUACAGAUAUACAGAUAGACAGAAAUAUAUCUGCAUUCAUUUUGGAAGCAAAAACAAAGAAAUUAAAGAUUUAAAAUUUUAUAGUU